AAAAGCCCGUACGAACUCCUCAAGGAUCAGUAUAUCACCUGUUUUCAAGUCAGCACAUCAACAUAUUACAACCAAGAUGGCAUUCACAACGACAGAAGCCGUCGUGACGUAUCUUUUCGCUCGGCCGACAUUACCACCUCUUGAACCUGGCUCUGAGGUGUACGACAAGAAUCUGGUGAAGGCAAUUAAAGGACUGAAUGCACAUAAAUAUGUCAAAGCUGCAUUACAUCUUGCGAACGAUGAUAUUAACCAUUGUCACUUGAUAGCUCAAGAUCAUGAAGGUGAUCCAACCGCAGAUUUAUUACAUGCCACUCUCCACAGACGUGAAGGUGAUUACUGGAACUCCAAAUACUGGUACUCUCACGUGAGGUCCCAUCCCCUUGUCCCAGAUCCUUCAGAUGCGAAAGCUUUCGUGGAUGAAUGUGCCAAAGCCAAACCUGGAAAUGACGCCAAAAUGAGGGAAAGACAAUGGACCGAGUUGAAGAGGCUUGUUGAGUGGACAUUGGAAAACUGUCACUGAGAUGAGGGAGCAGAGGGAAGAGGUUAAGGGUAACCGAGCGCUACCUCCGGCUUGCUUGUAUAACAAAACUAUAAGUACUGAUCCGUCCUGCCAGGCGAAUGAACGUCUUUAUGUAGCGCACAGGGGCUACCUG